AUGGGUUUUACUCUAAUCCACCAAAACACAACCACCACCGCUGCCGCCACAACUGGUGAGAGACGAGGCCGGAGAUCAAAGCAAGCAGAGCCAGGGAGGUUCCUAGGAGUCAGGAGACGUCCAUGGGGUCGUUACGCAGCAGAAAUUAGAGAUCCAACCACCAAAGAACGUCAUUGGCUCGGCACUUUCGACACAGCUCAUGAAGCUGCUCUUGCCUACGACAGAGCCGCUCUUUCAAUGAGAGGCACUCAAGCUCGAACUAACUUCGUCUACACUCCAACUGAUGUUCACACCAUCCUCACAAACCCUAAUCUCCAUUCUCUCAUCGUUUCUCCUUACAAUAAUCCAUCUUUCUUACCAAACUCUUCUCCACAGUUUGUCAUCGAUCAUCAUCCUCAUUAUCAUCAAAACUAUAAUCAUCACCAACAACAGCCUAAGCACACUCUCCCCCAAACAGUGUUACCCGCCGCUUCUUUCAAAACGCCUGUUCGUCAUCAAAACGUGGAUAUACAAGCGUUUGGUGCCAGUCCUCAAAACUCGUCUUCAAACGGCUCGCUAUCUUCCUCACUAGACGAAGAAAACAACUUCUUCUUGUUAGAAGGUAACAACCCCAAUAACAACUCAGGUUACUUGGACUGCAUUGUCCCAAACCACUGCCUUAAACCACCCCCGGAAACCACCACCACCCAAAAUCAAACCGGAGCUGGUUUCACAACUCCGGCAAGCAAAGACUCUGAAUCAUACGGAGGGUUUGGUACUAGUUACUUUGAAGAUGGUGAUAUGUUGAUGAUGAAUCAUCAUGAGUUUGGUUCCUGUGAUCUUUCUGCCAUGAUCACUAACUACGGAGCUGCUGCUACGAUGUCGAUGGAAGAUUAUACGAUAAUGGAGCCGCAAGGGUUAACUUCUUCUUCUUCUAUCACUGGUUUUGGAGAUGUUGUUGCAGACACGACAGGCUUCUACUCACUUUAUUAG